AUGGACCGCUCAACGCAAAUACUGAAAGUACGUAGUUUGAUAUCAAACAUCUCCGCAGACCCAAAAUCUCCCAAUCAAUCCAAGUCCGACGAUACGAACACACCUAUUGAUCAGCUAUGGUCUUCAGUUUUAUCUAAAUCUAGCAUCGUUUCUUCUACUGCCAUCUCAGGAAUUAUACAAUUGGUUCGAUCAGGCGCAAUAGAGUGGAUAAAUGGACUAAACGAACUCGCGUAUUUGAUACAAACUGCGAGCCCAACAAUUCUUGAAUGUUUACUCGUUGGUAUAACGGAUCUUUUACUUCACCAUGUACACGCUACGAAAGGCGAAUAUAAACCAGUCUUUAAAAUCAAGGAUUCGCACGAAGGCGCGGUUCACCCGUACAUACCAAUCGUCAAGUCUAAGCCGGAAUCAUGGAUAAUGGUCUUUGCUCAAUGCGAAAAGAUAUUCGAGUUUAAUGGAGAACAAACUGAUAUUAGAACAUUAGUAAACGCGUUGGAAAUGAUGAAACCUUUCUUGGAUUUUGCCCUCAUGUGUGGAGAUGCAUAUUGGAGUAUGGCCAUGUCACAACUAUUGAUUCGAUCAAUGUAUAAAAAUUUAGAAUCUGAAAAAUAUGGAAUGCUAAGAGAGAAGAUGUUUGAUUACUUAUUGACCGUCUCAGAAAGACUACCAAUAGUAGACAGAACAUCCUUUGAAAAAGCGUACAUGUUUAAUCAAUCUAUGGUUCAAUUACUCGUCGGAAAUUCCGUCUCAAAGACCUUCCUGGGUGAUUUUUCACCAAGAUUGACAGUUCACAUACUAUCUCUUGCAUGUAGUGCACGUAAUUUGGGAAUCUCUGUGACCUUUUUACUAAGAGUAUUGUCCCGGUUAUGCUCUUUCGGUAAAACUGUCGAAUCAUUGCCUAAAUUUACAGUAACGUGGCCGGCACUUUCUUAUCUGUUGUUGGACUGUGACACAGUGGAACAGCAAAGCUUGAUUUUAAAAGUUAUGACAACUGUGUUGGAUCAGCAAAUCAAAAGAGACAAUAAAGAUUUUACCUCGAGUUUAAUUGCCCAGAUUGCUAUUUUGCCAUUAUUUCAGAUAUUAUGCGAAAUAACAAUAGAGCACGUUCAAAAAGAAAUCCUGGCUCUUCUUCGAAUAAUCGAAACAAUGCGAAACGACAUUUCCUCCUACGUCGGUUCGUUGAGCAUCACCGGAGCCAUUGCGGAACUCUUUUCAGAGAUAAUUCAACUAUUGAGAUCUUUCCUGGAAGCCUCAUCAUCGGACGAUAUCCCAGCAUCUAAUGUUUAUUUUAAUACCAUGUUUUUAAUACCAUAUUUAUUACAUCCGCAUAUAGAGCUACGUGUUAGAGCUUUAGAUUAUUUAAUAUCCGAGACUGUAAAUAAUUCAAACACAGCAGCGAAUAGCAAACUACCAAUUCUUCAUGUAAUUCUUUAUACCCUUCGCGACAAACGACAACCUCCUUUAGUUCGCCUCCACAUCCUGUACAAUACGCUUCCAUCCUUGGUCACUCCAUCAGAUAUAGCCAUAUCAUUCAAAGUUUUAAAGUUUGCCAAUUCGUUAAUACAAACGAAUGACUCUUCAAAAUACACAAGACUUAAUGCGGUUGGAAUGAGAAUGUUGUACUAUCUGUGGGAGCGACGAAGAAGAUCUUGGCAGUCAUUAAAACUUGCAAUACGCGAAUGGGUAAAGAGACGAAAAUUACAUACUGGAAUAAUUGAUCCAAAGAGUGAAGAAGGUGAGAUGGAAAUUGCAACCUUGUCUUGUAUAAGGGACAUUUGUAGAACCAGCGCAGAGGAUCAUAUUGAUGAUUUACUGCCAUUUAUAUCGAGCCUUAUGCAGACGGUCAGCUUGCAUCCUGUAAGCAUAUGUUUGAUACUUGAGGCUUUGAACGCGUGCAUUGAGAGAGAUGUAGUAGAUCCUCGAACUGUAUGGACAGUUAUGGUCUCACAUAUCACAAACGUUGUCAUGUCUACUGAUCCCACACCGAAAGAUAUCAUUGUGCGAUUAUGCGAAUUUUACAAAUUAAUUGCAAUGAAGAUGGACGGUACGGAUUCCUAUAAUGCAUUUAUACAAGACUUUCUCGUUGAUCACGUUCGUCCAUUGAUCUUUCCUUAUCAAUCACCAAUCACGGACAAAAGUUCGGACGCCUUAUUUAAACUUCAGACGGAUGAAUUUAUUCUCGAUCACGCCCUUAAAGCACUUGCAUACUUUUCUGCAACAGACAUAUUGUCUGUUUUACCAGAAUCACCAAUGACGAUAAUAUCGCAAAUUUUAAAUUGCUCAUCUACAAUUGACGGAUGGAAGGACGUCCUUAGUCAGUUAAUACCCCACGAAGUGUUCGAUCUGCAACGUACCUUAUUUGGCGGUCGUAACACCUCAUCAACAAAAGGAGCCGCGGGUAGAAACCGACAUCGUGAACUAGAGAAGCAAAAGUCAGCACUAUCUGAUAUUUUGUCCGGAAUUACGUCCGCCUGGGAAAGCGGACCUGUUAACCCUGGACUUCGACCCGGUUUCGCGAUAGCGUCAUUAAUAUCCUUCCGUCCUUCUCAGGAAACGUCAUCGGCGAUGGAUUUGAAGUCGACUCAUUUUUAUCGUGUUCUGAUAAAUGCUAUCCAGGACGUUGCUUUGACAGAUUUCUGGUUGAUUAGGGCCAAUGCUGUGUCGUAUUGGCGAAUAUUAUUUGAAAAUGGUUUAUUAGAGCUAGAUUGUAUGACUAAAGAAGGAAAUAAUGCAUUAGUGCAGAAGAUAUAUGAUGAGUUGCUAGUCAGGUUAAAAGAGGCUAAGCUGCCUGCUACUUACGUGAAUAUUAUAUUUGCAAUUACAGGUUUAUGUCUAGCGUUAAAGUCCUUCGCGAUUACCGCAACCAAAAUUUACGUCCACAACGUCAUUUCUCUGCUCCUUGAUCGCUUCAUGGCGGACACUUCGCGUCAACAACGAGAUUGGGACUUUAUCUCAAGUGAUGACGUGCAAUAUGGAACGAUGCUCUCUCUCGGAUGUCUUGCUACCAUGAUGUCACCGAACGAAAAGCUCGUUCUUGAUAUUAUCAAUUGCCUAGUCGGACACCUAACUACUCGAAAUGCUAACAAUAGUCUCGAAUGGUCAUUCUUUGGUUGCGGAUAUGGUCUAAGCACUAUCCUGUCGCAUUUCCAGGCCCCUUCAGAUGUCGAGUUGGAAACAGCAUGUGAAGAGACGCUGACGUUCCUUAAAGAAUACGCGUUUACUAACGAUGCUCCUUUUAACGCUUCUGUGGGUAUUCUCCUUGGUUUGUCAAACUUUGAUACCCAAGAAGGUGCCAUUAAAGACAUCUACGAGAAAGCAUUAAACGUCCUAGAAGAAUUUGUAAAGACAAAGGAUUCAGUCAGUCCAGGAAGGGUAGUUGGUUCCGCUUGGUUCCUUUCAUUUUCAAAUCAGACCACUAUCGACGAAGAUUGUCUAAAUUUAUUAGAGAACGCUAUGAACAUUAGCACAACAGAGAAAAAAUGGAAAUCUCAUAGCUUUCAUUUUAUCCAAUCCUACCUUUACGCCUUACAAUCCACGCUCCACGUAAACCAAUCAUCAAAAUAUGUAUCUACUUUCAAUGCCUAUGUGCGGGAGAACGUAGACAUAAUCUCAUCGUCAUCGUCAUCCUCACAGAAUCGACAGUCUGCUAUUUUAAAACUUGGAGCUCUAACAGCCGUAAACUACAUACCCGUGAAGCAACACCAUUCACGAAAAUCUUACUUUCUGUCUGCAUCUUCGACAACCUUACUGUCUCCACUCAUCGGGGCGUUACGGGAGGCAACGGGAGUAACAAACGAAGCCGCAAUAAUGACCGACAUUAAGAGUGGAAAAUUAGCAGCCAUUAUGUUAGGACACCUAAUGGCGUGUUUGGAGAGAUCAGGUGAAAACAACCAAGAACAAGAGUUUGCUAUUAUGAUGGGUGAUGAACCGGUGGAUUAUUCGCGACUACCACGUACGAGCUAUCUCCGAGGCUGUUUCGAUACUCUCAUUGAACUAUCUCAAGCCACUACUACUUUUCAAAACCAAUCCGCUUCACCCUCGCUAUUACUUUCAGCAUUAUCCACAGCCAAAUGUGUCCUUCCACCAGUAAAUUGGUAUUCUCUCCUUACUCGUCUAUCUUCUCGCUUUCCUUCCGCCCGGAAGGAAAUUCUUGAAAUGACGAUAAGUCACUGCGGCCGAUCAACAUCGUUAAUAGAGUAUCUAAUACACAGUCUAAAACAGCUUUGCGACCUUGCCGGUGACGAUCAUGAAAUUGGGGAAAUGCUGCUGCGUCAUGGGUUGGUGAAGAUGUUGGAAUUAUGUGAAACUAAUAGGGCUAAUGAUGAGAUGGAGCAGCGCGCGCAGAGGCGAGGACUGCAAGUGAGGAAGACCGUUGUGCCCGAUGCAAUAGCAGUUCGGGUUGUUUAUGAAAUAAGUAUGUCGUUAUUUGCAAACAAAAACGAGAAUCUUUGGUUGGCUUUUUAUGAAAGCAUGGACGCUUAUUUGACUAAAGCAAAUACAGCCAAUACACCAUCAGCGAUAUCUCUACGCCAAGAUCUUACCCCUAGUCUCGAAAAGACUUAUGAUUUACUGCCAGAACCAACAUCGUCAGUGCAAUACAAAGUUGUCCGCAUUGCUGCCAAAUACUCUGAAUUGAUACGCGACAAAAACCUACCGCCUCCUCCACAACCACAUCUCAAGUUUAAAUACACUCUUUCCGUCUGUGCACUCUCAGAGAGUGGCUACAUCGAUCCCAUUCAACAUCUCACACGUCUGAUUCAAGAUUGCUUGAAAGACUAUCGCGCGCAGUUCACAGACAACCUGUCUCCCGCUAUGCGCGCGCUCGCGUGGGUCGUUAUCUCUGUUAACAAAUCAAUCAGAUCAUUGAACGCUAGAGAUAUGAGCAAAACGCGUUUAGAAUGGCUUGUUCGUAUUCUAAAUAUACUUUUAAUUCAAGAGGAAGAUAGUCUCGGUAUGGAUAUUAGCGUUCGUGCUCUGUUUGGAUGCUUAUUAACGAGUUGGAUCACCAACCGUGAGCUAAGUGAAGAAGAGGUAUUAUAUGCACUAAGAGACGUUGAAAAUGCUAGAAAAGCAACGUUGGUUGUAUCAAGGGAAAUUAUGUCGGUAGAAGACGAUGAAAUCUUGCGGCAGAUCUUGCAUCGGUUUCUCAAAUUGCUUGAUCUUGCCAGAGUGCGGAAUAACAGUGAGGAAAGUCUCCUGGUGUUUUAUUCAAUACUUUCUCAUUUGAGAAAUCGGCUUUCAGAAGAUCAGUAUUCAAUUGUUGCUGACUGUAGGAUUGAAGCAUAA